AAAAACUACAAAUGGCUUUCUGAAAACUGUUAAAAAAUUAAUAAUUAAAAAAACUAGAACCCUCCAAGUCUGAGGUCAAAACUAUGGUUUUAGUUUUUUAAAACACAUAUUACAGUUUUGUUCAUUUCUUUAACACUCAUUAAGUCUUAGAUCAAUAAUUCCCCAUUUACAUAUAAAUGAUUAUUACAGUUUAUGUAUCUUUAUCACACUCACAUCAAACUUGCAAUGAUACAAUUUUGUCACUAUUUGGUCCAAAACUCAAUUUUUGGGUCACUGUUUUGUUUUGGUGUAAUAUAUGGUUUAGGUUCAUGACAAAACAAAAACAAAAAUGUUUAAAAUUUCUCUUCUUAAACAUGCUAAUAAGCAAGUAACAAUAAAGAACAACUUUGGAUCUGUUGUAAAAGUGUUUCUAGUGGUCUUCUAUUUAUGACUAUGCAGAUUUGAGCAAAAUUACAAGAAUUGUGUCAUUCUCUAGGACGCAGUUUCUGCAGACCAACAGUAAUUUAUUCGAAAUUUGCCUCUAAGUUGUGGGUGCGACUGUUUACCCGUCCUAUCUGUUUACACACUCUCCCACUAGCUUAGUUUUGAGCAGAAUAUCAGUUCAGAUGAGGAAAAUAAAUGGAUCUAUUUGUUUAAGCGAAUGCAUCGGGAUGGAGCGGAGCAGGACGCUUGUGGCCUUCCCGUUGUAGCUUCUACGUCACAGUGAGAAGCUUUUUCUAACAUCUGCAUCACACUCACAAAUAUUUGCUUAAAGAAACACUCAGAAAUGCAGUUUUUAUAUAUGUCCUUGAUCAUUAAAAAUAAGUACAUGUUAAAAACACAAUUUUCAUCAGAAUUUGUUCUUUAACUAGUCAGAUAUAAUGUAAUAAAACAAUAAAUAAUAAAUCCUCUUAAAAUUUAGCAUAUUUGACACUUUAAACAUAAUAUUAAUGUAAUACAAGUGAAACAUGUUUUUUGAAUCUCUUACAUGUAUUUUUUUGUUGUUCUGUCAAAAAUGUAUAAAGAAACUAGAGAAUAAAUAAACAAAAAUUAACUUAUUUCCUCUAACUUGUGAAUUUGUGACCUACAAUAGAUCAUUCUCCCCCCUCGGAUAGAAGGAUCAUAAAAAUGUAAUUAUGCUAAAUGCAAUUAAGGGAUUAACUAAUGGAUUGAUUCACAGGAAGAGGAGGCUGAGGACAUCAAGAAGUCAUCUUUUUUAUAUAUAUUUAUGUUUUUGCGGGCCACACGCAUGCGCGCGCGCACAGAGAGAGAGUUUGCCCCGCAUCCCCAUCCCCACCGCUGGAACUGCCUCCGCCGGUGAGGCAGACAGCGACGCGCCGGCGACAGCGCGCGGAGCUCAGCCGCAGCCUCCGCACGCGCUCCUCUGCACGCGCUCCUGCAGGCGGAUGGAAAACAUGUCUUCCUGUCUUCCACCGGGACAAACUCCAAGAAAAACUACAAACGGAAUCUAAAUACCAUCGAAUCAACAAGUCAUCCUCUCUUGCAUGGAUUUCCUACAAUAAACAGAUUCUCCCGAGUGCAUUUGGGACCUGAUGAGUGUCGGGAGGCUAUGCUGAGGCCAUGUGCUCAGCCUGGUAUGAGGAGAAAUGUUCUGCCAUCGCUGACGGAAGGAGGAGAGGUAAAGGAUCUGAUCUCUACUCCUGCUUGUGCGUGUGGCUCUAUUUCUCCACUCUAUGGGGCCACGCCGCUCCGCAGUGCCCAGCCAGCUGCCACUGUGCCUGGGACACCGGCACGGUGCUCUGCUCGGACGCCGAGCUGCGGGCCAUACCGGAGGGCAUCCCCCCAGAGACCGUGUCACUCCACCUGGAGCGCAACUACAUCCGCGAAAUCCCCGAGAGUGCCUUCAGCCACCUCGUCCACCUGCGCGACCUGUACCUGUCGCACAACCGCAUUGACUCGCUCGCCACAGGGGCUCUGAGGCACCUCGGCCCCGAGCUACGCAUGCUGGACCUUUCGCACAACCACCUGAGGCACGCCAGCAGGGAGGAGUUCGGCUCCACCCGCGCAAAGACGCGUCUCUACCACAACCCCUGGCACUGUGACUGCGCUCUGCAGGAGCUGAUGGAGACGCUGAACCUGGAGCCCGAGACGGUGAAUGGGAUCAUCUGCGAGAGCUCCGUUCGGGGGGUGGGGGAAGGGAGCAGGUGGGAGGACCCGGGGUCGCACGGGGAGCACACGGGGCAGUCUCUGGUGAAGCUGCUGGACUCCGGCGUGAACUUCUGCAGCCUGCAGAGGAAGACCACCGACGUGGCCAUGCUGGUGACCAUGUUCGUGUGGUUCUUCAUGGUCAUCGUGUACGUCGUGUACUACGUUCGACAGAACCAGGCCGAGGCUCGCAGACAUUUGGAGUAUCUGAAAAGUUUGCCCAGCCCCCGAAAGACACCCACUGAAACGGACACCCUGAGUACUGGUUUCUGAGCUCUGCAGUAAAAGGGAAUAAAUAAAUGAUAUGAGAAACUACCGUACUUUCCGGAAUAUAUGUCGCAGGAGCAAAAAAUGUCUAAUCAGGAAGACGAAAACCAUAUAUAAGUUGCUCUAGAGUAUAAGUCGCACUUUUGAUAUUUCAGAACAAACCUGCCAAGCAAGGCAUAGCUAAAAAUAAAUAAAUAAAUAUAAGAAUAGUAAUCUUUUUAUCCGUAUAAGAAAAAUAUCAAAGUUUAAGAGGAUUCUCUUCCAUGUUUGCCUUAUGCUAGGUUCACACUGGAUGCGGAAGUGCUGUUAAGCGGAGCGGAGUGCGCGCGGCAUCCGUUCUGUCCUGCAAUUCACACCAGACACACAUUUUUUUGUGAUGAUAGACCGAAGCUUCUGCUAGAGCUUUUUUUCGUUUUUGCCAACAUCAUGUUGUAUGUUUAUUUUCAUCUCUACAGUCUGCUUAGAUACAAAACCAUGAUUGCAUUUGUCAAUCGCAGUGUUUUAUUAUGAAAAAUCGGUUAUAUUUCUCAUGUAUCUUGGUGUAACUUUCUGCCAGAUUUGAAGUAGAUCGCUCGCGGAUCGCACAUAAAAAAAAAGGCCAGGUGGCGAAAUGAUCCGCUGCAUGGCACGAGCCUUCCGCGGAGGACUGCGGUGCUCACUUAACAAGGGCGGCGAAUGGAAGCGGCUUCCGUUCCGCGUCCAGUGUGAACCAGGCGUUAGAUGACAUUUCUAGCAAAUACUUAUACUCAAAUGCAGCUCCCUCUUGUGGAUAAUAGAGGAACAACUGCUAAAAGAAAACAGGUGUUUAAUAGGAAAAUAACAAACAUAUAAACUUGUUUAUGUCUAAAAAAAAAAGAAACACAAAAAACGAAAAGUUUUUCCUGAGUAUAAGUCGCACCCCUGGCUGAACAAUGCAAAAAACUGUGACUUAUACUCCA